AUGACUGACUAUAUUCACUCAGCGAUUGGUGUCCUUCAACAAUGGCUCGAGCACACUCAACUCACGGUGACAAAUGUAGGACUCGCUUUACUAGCUCUUUUCGUGACUUCUCGUGUCGUCAAGUAUCGCAAAGGCCUUCGGGCUGUGAGCUACAUGCCAGGGUUUCGCAUACCCUUUCAUCCACUUUCGUUACCAGCGAUCCUGCUGCCAAAGGCGUCGUGGAACCCCAAUUACUACUCUCCGUGGACAUGGCGAUACUCAUUCUAUAAGCCGUUCCCGAACGACACCAUAUCCGUUGUACCUUAUUUGGUCGGAUCGCCUACUUUCUAUACUACCAAUGUCGACGUCGCACGUCAGGUCAGUGGCGGAGGUCACAAGUGUAGCUUCUAUAAGACGCCCGAGUCAAGCGCAGCAUUCUUACUUUGGGGAAUGAAUAUCGUCGCGGCAGAUAAAGAAACUUGGAGGAAGCACAGACGAAUUGUGGGACCUGCAUUCAAUAACAGCUUGUACCAGAUGGUGUGGACCGAAACUUUGAAUACCUAUAAUGACAUGGUCGAAGCGGAAGGCUGGAAAGGGAAGAAAGAAAUAGAUGUUCCCGUCAUUCAGACUUUGACAUUCAAACUUGCUUUGUUGAUCAUUGGGAAAUGCGGAUUUGGAUUCUCUUUUGAUUGGUCUUCUCCGCCUCGGUCAGAAGAUGGAUCGUUGUCAAUCCAGGAAGCCUUGCGAAUUGUGGCCGAUUCACACAUGAUUGCGACCUUCUUACCAAAAUGGAUUCAGAAUCUACCCACAAAGAAAUUCAAGGAAGUACGAGAGGCGCACGGGAAGUUAUUAGGAUUCAUGAAGCAACAGGUUGCAGAAAGACGAGCGGAGGUCCGCUCUAAUAGUUCUGAGGGUAGACAUGAUGCCUUCACCAUGUUGGUUAAAGCAAACGAGGACGAAGGAAAGCUUAAAUUAAGCGACGAUGAGCUUAUUGGAAACGUCUUUGUCAUGCUUUUUGCUGGCCACGAAACGACGGCACACACGCUGGCUGCAACCUUGGGGUACUUGGCGUAUCAUCAAAAUCUUCAGGAUGAGGUGUACGAUCAGAUCGCCUCCGUUCUUGGACGGGACCGUGAGCCGACAAUCGAUGACUAUCCUUCUUUGAAUAAAGUCCUGGCGGCGUUCUAUGAGGGUGUCAGACUUUUCCCUGCUGGCCAUAUCAUGAUUCGCCAGGCGUAUGAGGACACUGUCUUGAAUAUUCCCAAUCCCGUUGGAGAAGAGGGCGUCACAACAUUCCCUGUACCCAAGGGCACAAAUGUGAUUGUUGACAUGAUCGGAGUCCAGUACAACCCACGAUAUUUCGAUAACCCUGGGGAAUACCGCCCGUCCAGGUGGUAUGGAAUCAGCAACGAGUCGGAAAGUUUCUCUGCUUUUAGCAUUGGAACUCGCGCGUGUCUGGGGAGGAAAUUCGCGACUCUGGAGUCUGUUUGCUUCCUUGCUCUUCUACUUCGAGACUACAGGGUCGAACCUGCCUUGAGCAACGGGGAAACAAAGGAUGAAUGGAGGGAUAGGGUUUUGGAUGGGAAGAUUAUCUUGACUUUGGGUGUCAACAAUGUUCCAGUUAAACUUAUCCGCAGAGUAUAA